CCUCAUUAUUAAUUUUUUACAAAUAUUUUUUUCCAGUUGCAUUCCUGGCUCUGCUGCGGCCUCUCUCCCGCUAGAGGAGCCCUUUGCAAAUCUUGGAAGCCGAACCUCCCCGUGCAGGAAUCGUCUACCGGAGCUGGGUUCGCCUAGCCAUGGCUUCGGACGAAGGGUUGCUUAUUAAUAUCAGCACGUUGCCUCUGCUUAGGUGCCGCCGCCGCCCCCCUGCAGGACGGAGAGCCCCCAACCCACAAUGGGGCCGCGGGAAAAAGGCCAUGAAAAGAACAUUAGAAAGCACACAAGAAGUCACUCCUGUAAAAAAGAAGUGUGCUCCUCCGGUGGCCUGGACCAAAAAGCUACGGAAAAUACCCCCAAAUCACAAUAAGGGAACUGGGCCGCCAGGAUCGUCUCCGGAAAAGCUUUCACCUGAAGCCAGAGAAGACGACUUCAGCAAGAGACCCUUUGUAAAGACUUCCAGCCUCUUUAAAAACAAUCCAGAAAUCCCCGACUUACAGAGAACUGCCGUGAAACAAGUUCAAGAGGAGAUUUUCACCUCAGAUUCCUUUGAUCAGCUGGGUCUCCAUCCUCACUUGACUUCAACAAUAAUCUCUUCCUUGAAACUAUCCAGCAUGACCAGUGUUCAGAAGGAGACCAUUCCCAGAUUGCUACAAGGGAAGGACGCUCUGAUCAGAUCACAGACGGGCUCAGGAAAGACACUUGCUUAUAGUAUCCCCCUGAUACAAUCUUUGCAAAAACUGGAGCCCAAAAUCAAGCGUAGUGAUGGACCCUAUGCCCUCAUCCUGGUUCCAACCAGAGAGCUCGUUCUACAGAGUUUUGAAACCCUCCAGAAGCUCUUAAAGCCAUUUACCUGGAUUGUGCCGGGAGUCUUGAUGGGGGGUGAAAAGAAGAAAUCCGAAAAGGCCAGAUUACGCAAAGGAAUAAAUAUCCUCGUGGCAACUCCCGGACGGCUGGUGGAUCACAUCAAAUCUACCCAGUGCAUUCACUUCCGCUGUAUCCGGUGGCUGAUUCUGGAUGAAGCUGACAGAAUAUUGGAUCUCGGCUUUGAAAAGGCCGUGGCUGCCAUAUUGAAUGCCGUCAACGCAGCCAGCCCAAAACGGCAAAAUGUUCUUUUGUCAGCCACACUUUCUGAAGGAGUAUCACGGUUAGCCCAUAUUAGCUUGCAAGACCCCGCCGGCAUCACGGUGGCCUCAGAACCCCCGGGGGGUUCAAAUACACCGCGGGAAAACGACUCUCUCUGGGAGGAUGUGGGCAUUCUUCCCGCCAAGGAGGAACAGCAGAGCAGUUUCGCUGUGCCCGAAAAACUCCGCCAAAACGUGGUCAUGGUUCCCAGCAAGCUAAGGCUGGUGACGUUGGCGGCUUUCAUUUUUGGGAAGUUCAAGUUCGAAAAACGCCACAAGAUGAUUGUUUUCUUCUCGACUCGCGAGCAAGUGGAGUUUCACUACGUCCUCUUCCAAAAAGUGUUGUGCGCGGAGUCUGGGGCGGAAGGAUCAGGGUUAGCGCCAGCACCUCUUUCUCGAACUUUGAUCUUUGCACGUUUGCAUGGUGACAUGAAACAAGAGGAGAGAUCGUCCGUGUUCCAGGCUUUCCUGCAAUCGAGCACUGGGGUGUUGCUGUGCACGGAUGUCGCUGCUCGUGGGUUAGAUCUGCCCCAAGUCACCUGGAUUGUGCAGUAUAAUCCAGCAGCUUCGCUCGCUGACUACGUCCACCGAAUUGGGAGAACGGCUCGGAUUGGCAGCCCUGGAAACAGCCUGCUCAUCCUUUCGCCUUCGGAGGCCGAAUAUGUCAGCUUUCUGGCUUCCUACAAGAUUAACAUCUCAGAGAUGAAAAUGGAACAGAUUUUGUCAAACUUAAUGAAAGAUGACCGCUUCAAAGGAAACCUGGAGAGAUCUAAGAAGAGCCAGCACGGAGAUGUCCAGGAAAUACACCGAAGGGCCACCGUCAUGCAGACCGAAUUUGAGGAUUUCGUCCACUCCAGUGCUAAAACCAUCCGAUGGGCCAAAAAAGCCCUGCAGUCCUUCAUUCGCUCCUACGCCACCUAUCCUGCCAACCUCAAGCCCAUCUUCCACAUCCGGGCUCUGCAUUUGGGUCACGUGGCCAAGAGUUUCGGCCUCCGCGAUGCCCCCGGGAACCUUGGCGCUGUGGCUGGAGCCGCUCAGCAGGGGAAGAAGCAGAAAAGGCGUGACCUUCUGAAGAAGACUCAAGUCAGACCUCGCCUCAAUAUUGCCUUUGAAUACGCGAGUGGUUUGGAUUCCUCGGCUUCAAAGGGCAAGAGGAAGAAACGGCUGAGAAAUCUGAGGGAGGAAAAUUCUCCCAGCUGAUCUGGGAGAUCCUCGGUGGCUGGUGGACAGGAUCCGAGAAGAGCUGGAAGAGAGGAAUGUCCCCUUUCCGCCCCAAGAGAGGAAACCAGGUUCCACCAGGAUAGCCUCUUCCUUCCUGGUCUAGAAGAGAGGACCAACCAGGUUCGACCAGCAACUCCCCUUCCCUCCCUGAAGGAAAAAUUAACCAGGUUCGAGCAAAAACUUCUCCUCCCUUCAUGGUCUACAAAAGACGACCAACCAGGUUUGACCAGGAAUGUCCCCUUCCCUCCUGACCUGGAAGAGGAGAAUGACCAGGUUCAAGAAGGAACCAUCUCUUCCUCCCUGAUCUAGAAG